UCUUGUAGAUCCUUGCUAACCUGGUGAUGGAGGGCCUCCUCCCUGAGUUGAGGGAGCUCAUCUCCCCCCGCCUCAAAGGCAAGCUACACGAGAGGCAGAGAAACUGGAUGCUGAUCAGUGAUGCAGUGUACAGCCUGGUGCAGGGGCAGUGCCAGGCCCAGUAUCAGGUGGUGGUGCAGAAGUGUGAAGCAGCCUGCUCCUCUCUGGAGGCGUCCAUACGGUGCGACAUGGACCAGAUAAUCUCCUCCAAGGAGCACGUCAGCAACAAGAUCAGAGAGCAGUGA